AUGAAGUAUUAUCGUCGAGAAAUAAAUGAAACAUUGACAAAGAUUUUAGACGUGGAUGAUAAAGACGUAGACGUUAGGGAAGUGGACUUUAGGGAAAUGGACAUUAGGGAAGUGGACUUCAGGGAAAUGGAUAAUAGGGAAGUGGACUUCAGGGAAAUGGACAUUAGGGAAGUGGACAUUAGUGAAGUGAAUAAUAGGGAAAUGAACAUUAGGGAAGUAGACAUUAGUGAAGUGAAUAUUAGUGUAGUGGACAUUAGUGAAGUGGAUAUUGGGGAAGCGGAUAUUAGUGAACUGGACAUUAGUGAAGUGGACAUUAGGGAACUGGACAUUAGUGAAGAGAAUAUUGGGGAAGCGGAUAUUAGUGAAGUGGACAUUAGUGAAAUGGACAUUAGGGAAAUGGACAUUAGUGAAGAGAACGUUAGGGAAGUGGACAUUAGUUAA